AUGCCUGGAAAAGAAUUAACUGCUUGGCUUGAUGAAUAUGCAUUAUCUCAUCAAAAUCCAACUAAUAUUAUCAUACAUAAAAUAUGUGUACCAGCAAUAACAUUGACAAUUAUUGCUAUGCUUUGGCGUUUACCAAUCAUACCGAAACAUAUUCGUAAUACAGUCUCAAUUGGCAAAAGUGGUCUUAUCAAUCCUUCAUUGAUAUUUGUACCUGUAUUGGCUUUCUAUUGGAAUCUUUCAUCUUCAAUGGCAAUUGGAAUGACAAUUCUUUUUCUUCUAGUCAUAAUAUCAUUAAUUAUAAUGGAGAAAAAUCAUGUACGAAUAUUUCGUUUAGCAUUGAUUAUUUUUAUUCUUGCUUGGAUUGGGCAAUUUAUUGGACAUGAAAUUGAAGGAAAAAAACCUGCAUUUUUUAAAGAUCUACAAUUUCUUUUAAUUGGUCCUCUUUGGACAUUAUCUCAUGUUUAUAAAUUUUUUGGUAUUGAUUAUUAA